AUCUGAUCACCCACAAUUACAAGUCUCUCUCUUCCGGGUUCUUCAAGAAAGAGAGAGAAAGAAGAUUCUAAAUUCCUAUAUAUUUUGUUCUACGAAUUGCAGUGCUGUUCUUAGCUAAAGCAAGGGAGUCAUAAUGGGGAGGGUUUACGCUAAAGAAGAGCAGACUUUUCUAUUCCGAAUUGUUCUAUUGCUCAACAUGCUAUUACUCUUCAUUGUCUCUGUUUCAUCGAGAUCCGAUCAGGAGAUUAGGGACCGAUUUUACGGUAAUCUCUCUCUUAAUUCGUCUUCUCCUGACACCGGCGAAGGCAGCAUCGCCAAAUUGUUCGAUCGCGUUCUUGAAAAGGAGUUUUCCGAGAAUGAUCAACCUGAAGGUUCUGAUGGAAGCAGCUUCAACAGUAGUGUAGCUGACCAACAGGCAGUACUGGAGACUGUAGCUAAGAUUACUCACGACAAGCCAAAAAAGAAUGAAACUCUUGAAUCCAAUGGGACUAGAUCAUUCCAACUUCAAGAUGUGUUCUCCUUGGAAAAUGAAGGUUCUGAUGAUACAACAACAUUGAUAGACAGGAAGGAUAAUGUUUUUGUGAUGUCAAACAGGAAAUCAAAGUAUCCAGUCCUUCAAGUAGAUCUGAGGUUAAUUUCAGACUUGGUGGUUGUUAUAGUUUCUGCUGCUAUUGGAGGAAUUGUAUUUUCCUGUUUGGGACAACCGGUAAUUGUGGGUUAUCUUCUUGCGGGUUCCCUUAUUGGACCAGGUGGUUUGAAAUUCAUUAGUGAGAUGGUACAGGUUGAAACAUUUGCACAAUUUGGUGUUGUUUUCCUUCUAUUUGCUCUGGGUCUAGAGUUCUCGUUGACAAAGUUAAAAGUUGUUGGCCCUGUGGCUGUAUUUGGAGGGCUCUCUCAAAUACUUAUCCUGAUGGUAUUGUGCGGCGUAACAGCAAUGUUGUGUGGAGCACAGUUAUCCGAAGGUGUAUUUCUUGGAUUCUUCCUUUCAAUGUCAUCAACAGCAGUGGUAGUGAAGUUCCUGGUAGAGAGGAAUAGCAGUAAUGCUCUUCAUGGUCAGGUUACAAUAGGGACACUUAUCUUUCAGGAUUGUGCAGUUGGUUUACUGUUUGCAUUGCUUCCGGUUCUGGGUGGUAACAGUGGCGUUUUGCGUGGAAUGAUGUCAAUGGGAAAACUGCUACUGGUCCUAUCCAUGUACCUUUUUGCUGCAUCAGUGUUAACUUGGUCAUUUGUUCCUCGCUUUCUAAAGCUAAUGAUACAGAUAUCAUCUCCGACAAAUGAACUUUAUCAACUAGCAGCUGUGGCUUUCUGCUUAUUAUCUGCUUGGAGCAGUGAUAAACUUGGUCUUAGUCUGGAGCUGGGUUCAUUUGUAGCUGGAGUUAUGAUAUCAACGACGGACUUUGCUCAACAUACCCUAGACCAGGUGGAACCAAUUCGUAACCUUUUUGCUGCUCUCUUCCUUUCAAGCAUUGGAAUGUUGAUACAUGUACAAUUCCUUUGGAGUCAUGUGGAUAUAUUGCUUGCUGCUGUUAUUCUGGUUAUAGUUGUUAAGACUACUAUUGUUGCUGUGAUCACCAAAGCCUUUGGGUACAACACCAGGACAUCAUUUCUUGUUGGAGUGCUCCUUGCACAGGUUGGAGAAUUCGCUUUCGUCCUCUUAAGCCGUGCCUCAAAUCUUCAUCUUGUUGAGGGGAAGAUGUACCUUUUGCUUCUUGGAACUACAGCUCUGAGCCUGGUAACUACUCCUGUCCUGUUCAAAUUGAUACCUGCUAUGAUGCAUUUGGGAGCUCUCAUGCACUGGUUUCCUUCUGAAAGCAACAUACAAAUUGAGGAAAAAGCUUCAAUGAUUGAAGCCAGCAGAUUGUUGUAAUGGGGAAGUUUGGUUCUUGCUCCUAUAUUACUAGAUCUUUCUCUUCUGAUAGAUGGAUGGAUAGGGAUAAGAUUUAGACUUCAGAUAAAUUAGCCAGUAUACAUAUUGAUAUAUAUAUAUAGCCAGUACAAUCAUA